CUGGCUUGAUGACAGCAUGGAAAAUGAGCUGCACCUGGUCAGCCUCCCAGCUGCUCACAGGAGGGCCUCGGGGAAGGAGUCCAAAUACUACUGAGUGACUGACCGCAUAUGUACAGUGUGUGUUGAGUAUGGGCAAAGUGGAAGUCUGUGUUCACUGACAACACAAACUGAGUCAUGAGGCGGAGAAACCCACCCAUGCGGUUUUCUUUGAAAUGUCCUUUAGCAUAGAAAGUUGAAACCCACAUGCGUGCACACACUGGCCUUUAAUGUAAAGUCAACUUCGACCUAGGCUAUGGGUUAUACGUUGCAACAAAGGAGAUACUAUUCUUUUGCCUUUUGCCGCAGGUACGUGCGCGCGCGCACACACACAGGACCGCAGUGCACGUAACUGUAAUUGGCAAGGAAAAAAGAAAACGCUUUGUGAGACGUGAGUGUGUCUUAGCUCGGGUGUAAAGAGGGACAGAGAAGCAGACGCCUCUGAAAACAGUAACAAGCAGAAUCAUGUAAAAUUUAUGGAUCCAGAGUUGUGCCUUGGCUAAACGAAGUCGAUUGACGCGCGCGUUAAACCAGCUGCAUGUGAUUUCCAGCUUCAUUUUGGCAGAACGAUGCGAGAGAGAGACACGGAGCUGUGAAAUUGGACCCUCUGCCAGAGAUGUCGACGGAGAGGAAUCCCUGAAACCGCUGCUGCCCAGGAAAUAUGGACAAAUCUUGUUUUGUGUGCGGGUGCGGGCUGCUUUUCUGUCGGGUUUUGCACAUUGCUACAGUGUAGUGGACCAGGAUGCCGUGUGGGCGAAGCUGCCACAAGGGAUACAUUGUGAUUUCGCAGAGAUGUUUUAGCAACCGUUGCAUAAAUUAAAAUAAGAAAACCUGUCACAUGAGGGGUUGGAGUCAAAAGGGAUACGACUAAUAAGACAUCACCACCUGUUACUAGAAAAUCAGCCAGCCAGGAGAGGUGACAGCAUCGCUCUCUCUCCCACCACCAACGCCUGACAGCCAUGGUUCGGGGAGGCCCUCUGCUACGGCUCCGAUCAGGGACCAACUCACCACUUGAUGGCUAGAUCUCAUCACAUGAAGAGCUGAGGGCCUUUCUACUGAGUAUCCCUCACUGCAUAGUAGCACAUGGAUUUCAAGACUUCAAAUGAAGAGACAAAGACUGGGAUUUAUUUGAUGCAAGAAGGUAAUGAGGAGCCGUUUAAUGUUCGACUACACUUGGCCAAAGAUAUUCUGACCAUUCAAGAACAAGAUGUCAUCUGUGUGUCAGGAGAGCCUUUUUAUUCGAGUGAGAGGACUGUAACGAUCCGGAGGCAGACGAUUGGAGGGUUUGGCCUGAGCAUCAAGGGUGGAGCAGAGCAUAAAAUUCCUGUUGUGAUAUCAAAAAUCUCAAAAGAGCAAAAAGCUGAACUCUCUGGGCUGCUUUUCAUCGGAGAUGGCAUUCUUCAGAUAAAUGGAAUAAAUGUUAGAAGCUAUCGCCACGAGGAAGUGGUCCAGGUUUUGAGAAACGCUGGUGAAGAAGUGACUUUGACCGUGUCUUUCUUAAAGAAGACUCCAGCCUUCCUGAAACUGCCCCUUUGUGAGGACUGCACAUGCAUUCCCAGCGACCAGAGUAGUGGGACCUCUUCACCUCUGUGUGAUAGCGGCCUGCACUUGAACUACCAUCCUAACAACACGGAUACACUUUCCUGCUCAUCCUGGCCCACGUCCCCAGGGCUUCGUUGGGAGAAGAGAUGGGUGGACCUGCGCCUUAUACCACUCCUACACUCACGCCUGUCACAGUACAUCCCAGGAUCUGAUGUCUGCAGGAAAAAUGCUUUCCAGGUUAUAGCUGUGGACGGCGUUUGCAGUGGAGUUAUACAGUUUCCCACAGCAGAAGACUGCUUGGACUGGCUUCAGGCAAUAGCGAGCAACAUUUCCAGCCUCACCAAGUACAAUGUAAAGAAGAUUAACCGAAAUUUUCCAGUUAACCAGCAGAUUAUCUACAUGGGCUGGGUCGAUGAGAAGGAGCAGGACUCCGUUCAGGACCGAAUGUAUUCACCAAAGUUCCUUGCUUUGAGGGGUUCCUCACUCUUCAAGUUUUCAGCACCUCCUGUGACAACGUGGGACUGGACCCGAGCAGAGAAAAGCUUUACUGUGUAUGAAAUAAUGUGCAAGAUUUUAAAGGAUAAUGACCUUUUGGACAAGAGGAAGCACUGCUUCAGUGUCCAGACAGAGAGCGGGGAGGACAUGUUCUUCAGCGUGGAGCUGGAGUGCGAGCUGCUCAUCUGGGAAAAGGCUUUUCAGAUGGCAACUUUCCUGGAGGUGGAGAGGAUACAGUGUAAAACAUAUGCCUGUAUCAUGGAGAGCCACCUUAUGGGUCUUACGGUUGACUUCAGCAUGGGCUUUGUGUGUUUUGAUGCAGCUUCAAAGGCAGUACUGUGGAGAUACAAGUUCUCCCAACUAAAAGGAUCAUCUGAUGAUGGAAAAAGCAAAAUCAAGUUUUUAUUCCAAAAUCAAGAGUCCAAAUCUAUCGAAGCAAAGGAGCUGGAGUUCUCAAAUCUCUUUGCUGUGCUUCACUGUAUUCAUGCUUUUUUUGCUGCCAAAGUUGCUUGUCUGGACCCAAUGUUUGUGGAGAGCCAAGGCACUGCAACUACCACUGGGAUUCCUUCUCUUUCCAGUAUCUCGUGUAAUUCACAGACACCAAAACUGAAAUACGCAACUUGACAGGUGCUGCUCUCUCCAGACCCCUUUUUAAAAGUUGUGGAGGACAGCUGUAUACACUGGUGAAAUAAAGACCUCUUUCGUAUUGAUACACUUGCUUGCGGCAGCAUCAGAUUUUUGGUAUUUCUGGAAUAAUCGUGAACCUGCACACAAACCUCUACUUCACAGAAAGACUAUGGAUGAUUAAAAAGACUAUGUGUGAUUAAAAAUGUUUUUAAAUGAAACUGCCCUUCUCUUGCUCCUCAGACAUCCUUAUAAUCAACACAUCAUAAAGAACAGUGGAGUUCUUUGCCUAGAUUUCUCUGCUUUUCUGUGUAAUUUUACUGGAGAUUUGGAGUUUAAGCAAAAUAUAUUUUAGCCUUCUUUCUUCAUAUCAGGCGAUCACUUCUACAAGGAUAUUUCUCAACACUGGGUAUGAUAAUGUAGUAUGAUGGCGCUUUCUAUAUUUACUUUUUUUUGUUCUUUAGGUGAAGAUAUUUACCUAGAGUACAUUGGUAUUUCACUUAACGGUUAAUUUUAUUUUUCACUCAUAUACUGUAUGGUGCACUCAACUAAAAGUUUAAUUUUAGUAUCAAUCUAAUCUUGUAAAACAUUUUGAUUAAAUGCAAUUACAUAUCUCACUGGCAGAACUGGUGGAAGAAACGGUCUAAGAUUGGCGUGUGUAUGAAUAUGCUAAGUAAUCUAAUUUCUGUUUCUCUGCAUGUGAUGUACAGCACAUGCAGAGAAACAGAAUACACAGUAACCACAUCCUGGAUUACUGGAUAGCAAGGCUGUAUGAAACGGAAAGAUUUAUUAGCUGGAUGAUGAAUGACACCAUCCAUCCAACCACAAUCUCACAAAUCCACUGUAAACAUGAUUAAAAGCACCUUACGUGAUAUUUAGAGUCCCCCCUCCCCCAAGAAAACAUAUGUAAAUAAACAGUGACAUUAAAAUUAUCUCAAAGAACUAUGAAUUAUGGUGAGGGAUUACUUGUAAGGAUUACUACAUUUGUUAAUCUGAUGCGCAGCAGAGAUGACCAGGUAGACGACUCGUAACCUUGUGCUCUCUUCAUUGUUUACUCUGUGGACCAAUUUAAAAUAAUACAUUUCAGCUAUCCUGUAUUUUUGAAAUAUUUUUUUAAAUCUCAAAUUGUAAAUACAGUUUUAAAAAAAUAAAAUGUUUUCAUUGACAAAUGAAAAAAGACAAUAGAAAGAUGUAGCAUUAUGGCCUUCUAGGGUGUGAGAUGCCCCCGCAGACUCCACCCUGUAUUAAACUGUUUAUAAAUGCAGCAGAGUGACAGGUAAACUAUCAUGUUCAAAAAAAGAGUUCAGGUCAAUUAGCGCAAUUAGUCAUGCUCUUACCUCCCAUUUACAAAGUAGAAUCCAAACACAAGAGGCUCAUGGGUAAGUAAACUCCAGAGGAUAGCAAAUUAAAUGGGGCCAGCCUAAAGUGCUUCAUACUGUGCGGGCUUGUUAAGUUGAGUGUCUGAGGGACACUAAUGGGGGUGCAGUCUAUGCAAGGAAAAGUCUGAGUGACGCUUUUGUCCUUUAAAAUGAUCUUGGUCGCCUAUACUCUUAUAACAGAGGAUGUGGGGGAUGAGGUUUGUUUUAUUUUUUGCUGAGGUUUUAUUAACAAAUAUGCUAUGUAAUAAAUUAAUAAAUGAGACCUUUUAUAACAAG